UCCCAAAUUACCAAUGGAGUGAAAGUUUGACUCUUUGGCUCCCAGCGAGAAAGUUUUCUACUCUGUGUGGGUGAAGGUUUCCAACGGAGGUUAUCUUUGGUCCAGCUGCAGUUAUGGAGAGCAACCUUUAUUUCAGCAGCCAACAAAUGCUUUGCAAAGAUGUUGAGCUGGGGAAAGAAAAGGAGAAAAAGGUCAGGUAUCACAGAUACUUGUGUGUUGCUGUAACUCUGAGUAUGGUGUUCCUGAUAUUGGCCCUUUGCAUCUUCAGUCUGAGAUAUAUAUGGAGAGCAAGCCCUACAAAGGUGUAUGACCAUCAAUAUAAAGCUGUACUGGAUGAAAAGGAGACUGAAAGCAUGAUGGAAAUCCAUCCUGCCCAGCUCUUCGAAACAUUCAAGAUGGGAAAUGGUACAGAUGAGGUCUUGGAGGUGCAUGACUUCAAGAACGGCAUGAUGGGAAUCCGCUUUGCCAAGCACCAAAGAUGCUACAUCAGAGCUCAGACCAAGGAAAUACCCAAGCUGGCUGAAGUUGGCACAAUGACUAUCGAUGUAGAGGUGGAUGAGGAGAGCGAGGGAGAUAUGCAGGUGGUGGACUCACAGAUAUGGAUCCCUGCUAAGGAACCCAUCUCCAAUCGAAUGUUUCUGCUCAAUUCAAAGAUCUGGGAGAUUUGCCAAGAGUUGCCCAUCCACUGGAUCCACCCAUCUCCUCUCAGAGAUGCUGAGUUCCACGAUGUAGAAGAUGUGGAGAUGCCAGAGCUGGAGGCGAGAGGACCACGUCAGACCAGGGAUGUCAUGGACCAGUUACCAGUAAACGACUACAGAGAAAUUGGGUUGGAGCUGGACAACAGCCUGGAUGAGCAGGGUUACUGCUGCCAGUACUGUCGCCGCGGGUACCGUUACUGCCGGCGAUACUACGAGCCCCUGGGUGGCUUUUCACCGUAUCCCUACUUUUACCAGGGAGGACGGGUCAUCUGUCAGAUUGUCAUGCCUUGCAACUGGUGGAUAGCAAGAAUGCUGGGGCGUGUUUGAGGAAGACGGUCUGAACCAGUGGUGCUAUGCUGCUCAGGGGUAUGCGUAGGCCAGCUUCAUUUGUGUGAAGAGUCACAUGCUAAAAAUGUGUAUUCGUUGUCUAAAACAUAUAUAGUUCUCAAUAUUUCAAUUUUAAAUGUAUAUGUAUACAUACAAUAUAUGGGUAUGCAUACCGUGUCCAAUGUUUUUGAUCUGUUGUUUUUCACAACUUUUACUGUUCCAACUAUGCUAGCUCAUUUGAUAUCUUAAAGUAUGACAAAUUGCCAAACAUCGAAGUACAAACAUUCUAUGAAGGAUCUCUAUUAAUAUUGUCAUUAAAACUGCAUGUAUGACUAUUACAGAAUCAAUAUAUUACGGUUAUAUAAGAUAGUGUAUUAGAUUAUAGCAUAUGGUCACACAGCAUGCCAUGCCAAUUACCCAUAUAUAAUUCUCUUCUAUACACUGCUGCAUGUUGUAUGAUUGCUGAUUUUGUAUGAACUUAUAAAAGUAAUCUUGCACUUUUCUUAAUCUUCUUUAAAAUGCAGAACAGAAACUUGAACAGAAUACUAUGGACUGUUACUGUGGUCUGUACAAUCCAUUUAGACCUUUAGAAACAUGGGUGAACAUGUAGUUGCUGUUGCUCAGUAAACAGAAAUUGUUUUAGUUCCAUUCUGUGUUUUUUGUGUGUGUAUGUUUGUACUAAAGCUGCACAUGACAUGACCCUUUUUGAGGGCCCUUGAUCAGAGGCAUUGGAAAUCCGGUAAUAUAAGUAAAUGUACAGUAAAUUGCAUGUUUAUAUUAUAAAAUAUUAUUUUAAUUGUAUUUAUACAAUACAAUUUAUAUAUAGUCUUUUUGAAUACUCGAU